UCAAACAAACAAAAACCUCCAUGGAAAUCCACUUUCAGUCGCCGGGAACCCACGGCGGAGCCACCGCUUCAUUGGGCAAAUCAAGCAAAUUCAAAGGCAGAACUAGAGGGAACAAUGCUAACAAGUUCGUCGGAGUCCGGCAGCGGCCGUCGGGGAGAUGGGUGGCGGAAAUCAAAGACACGACAAAGAAAAUCCGAAUGUGGCUCGGAACUUUCGAGACGGCGGAGGAAGCCGCCCGAGCUUACGAUGAAGCCGCUUGUCUUCUUCGAGGUUCCAAUACAAGAACGAAUUUCAUCCCACAAAUCUCCACUAAUUCCCCAAUCGCCUCACGAAUUCGCAGCCUUUUAAACAGCAGAAAAAACCCAAUUCUAAAUCCACUCAAAAACCACUCCGCCGCCGCCGCCGCCGCUCCAAUAAUUCAGGACGGCCGGCUGUUCGACGGCGCCUAUAAACCCGACAUGACGAACUGUUUGGAAGAAACAGAGAUGGGUUCUGAUUUUUGUAGCGAUUCAUCUUGUUCUUCUGAUUCUUCUCGAUUGGGGGCUUCUUCUGGAGUUGGGUUUGUCGAUGGGCUUUCGAUGGUGCAAGAAUCGAUGAAGUUUCCGGUGAACGCGGCGGCGUUUCAAGCGGAAGGCGAACAUUCAGAGGAUUUGGAGCUAUCAGCUUUUGAGAGGAUGAAAGUUGAGAGGCAAAUUUCUGCUUCUUUAUAUGCCAUGAAUGGAGUUCAGGAGUAUAUGGAGGCUGUUCAUGAGGCCUCUGAGGCAAUUUGGGAUCUUCCACCACUCUGUUCUUUGUUCUGUUGAUGAUCAUGAACAGAUUAAGAUAAACCAUGUGGGUUUAUCUCUUAUUUUCUUUGUUUAGUGCUUGAUUUUAGUGUUUUUCUUAUGACAAAUGUUGUCCGUACAAGAAUUUGGGAGAUUAAAACAUGAAAUUGGAGACAGAAACCAUUUAAAGAAGAUCAAACUUUUGGUGGGUAAUUUAGAAAUCAAUCUAAAAAGCUUAAAAUUCAAAAGGGUAUGUAAAUAAUUUGUGAUUAAGAAGCUUGUUCAUGAAUAAACUCCAUUUUUAAGGGAUUUGCCU